AUGGUGGUCGAUUUUGAGAAAACACACGUCGUCAUACAGAGCACGUACAAGGAAGAUUCAUUUGCCAGCGUUGAAGAGGUACCAACUGCUGAACCCGUAAGAAGGGCAACUUUUUCUGGGGGUGAAAUACCAACUGCAAAUACUCCGAUACCGCAACCAGCUACCACGCAACUGCAACAGCAACCAGCAACUGUCGUUGUCUCGCCACCGUCGCCGCAACCACAGCAACCGCAACCGCAACUGCAACAAGCUACUACUACUACUUCUACCACUACUACUGCUGUCGUUGCUAAUAAACUUCCCGAGCCUAUUACUGUUUCAAACCCGGCUGCUAACCACGUGAUUCAAACGAGCCAUGACGUCAUUAAGUACAACACGCUAUCGCACGUGCCGAGAACUGCAACGGAAGUGCUGGAGCAACUGCCCGAGAGAAACGAGGAUUUAAGAUCGGCCCUCUUCCAGCUAAAAGCAGUCCACCCUUUUAAGGCCUCAAACGAAAGCCAGCUGACCAUAGAGGCCGGUGACGUCAUAAGCGUUUACGAUGACGUCAACCAGGGUGGAUGGAUUUUUGGACUGAAUGAAAAUACCAACAGGAUUGGUUGGUUUCCAUUUUCUUACACUCAGGUUGCUGAACUGGAGUCACUGAAGACUCUUAGCGAGAGGCUGGCCAAUUUGGAGGAUGUGUUUGUGAAGAGAGGUAGCCGGUCGCUCCAAGAAUCUCCCAACUUCAAUGAUGCAAGAUACAGAAAAUUAAUGGUGGGAGAAAAGGCAGACGAGGUACCUCCUCCACCAGAUAAGUUUUCUGACGUGUCAAGGUCGUCCCAGCACGGUUCAGAGUACGAGGCCCAAGUGAACAAGAGUGACGAGUAUGUCGAGACAGACAAAGACAGCCAAACGAUGAAACUGAUCAGACAGCAGGCCAGACAUAUGGUCCCAGACGAGACACGCUACGACGCAUACUCGAGUCUGCGUCUCAAAACCCUCCCGCCGUCUCUCCCACAACAAAUUUCGGCCUCACCAAGACGCUCGGCCUCGCGAACCCACAACUACAGCAGCCACCUUUCGGGGACACUUGGCAAGACCCACAGAAGUCUAGGGGCCCUCUAUAGCGAGAAUUUAAUGAGAGAUUUAUCGCAUGGGCCACCCCCACCUCCCCCUCCUUUGCCCCUUGAUGUUCAGAUCAAGUAGAUGACGGGAUAGAAUCAUCAUCAUGACCAAAACUCUGAACUAAUUAACUAAUUAAAAUAUUCAAUUAAUUAAAUCUAAUCUAAUUAAACCUUCAAUUAACUUUCGUUGUUGAUAAUAAUUAAAAUUGCAAUUAAAUUAAUCACAACAGAGCGUAUAUUAGCAUUUUAUAAUAUUAUCACAUGGCGUAUAACACACACUCAUACACACACACACAUACACACACUCAUAUACACACAUACAUACAUACACACAUACAUACACACACAUACA